AUGCUUAGACGUUUUAUCAGAACAAUGAGUGAGAGCAAAAUUAAAGAAUUUACUCUGAAGACCCCAAAAGGAACUAAGGAUUGGGCCGAUAAGGACAUGGUUAUCCGUGAGGGGAUUUUCUCUUACCUGAGCACUUUGUUUAAGAAGCACGGGGGUGUAACUAUUGACACUCCAGUUUUUGAAUUGAGAGAGAUUCUGUCAGGGAAGUAUGGUGAGGAUAGUAAGCUUAUUUACAACUUGGAAGAUCAAGGUGGUGAGUUGACCUCGUUGAGAUAUGACUUGACUGUCCCAUUCGCCCGUUUUGUGGCUAUGAAUGGAAUUUCCUCCAUAAAAAGAUAUCACAUCGCCAAAGUGUACAGACGAGAUCAACCCGCAAUGACCAAAGGUCGUAUGAGAGAGUUCUACCAAUGUGAUUUUGAUGUAGCUGGUGCCUAUGACACCAUGGUUCCAGAUGCUGAAAUGUUGGAAAUUUUAUGCUCGGGUUUGCAAGGUUUGGGGAUCAAUGACUUCAAGGUCAAGCUUAAUCACAGAAAAAUUUUGGACGGUAUUUUUGAGGUGUGUGGUGUUAAAGAAGAGGAUGUUCGCAAGGUUUCUUCUGCUGUGGACAAACUUGACAAGUCUCCCUGGGAAAUUGUCAGAAAGGAAAUGGUUGACGAAAAGAACCAGCCGGAAGAAGUUGCCGAUCGUAUUGGCGAAUAUGUCAAACUGAUUUUGCUAGCCAAUGAAUCGGCUUCUCAAGGUAUCAGAGAUAUGGCUAUACUGAGUGACUACGUGGAAGCCUUUGGCAUUAGCAAAUUAUUAUCUUUUGAUCUAUCGUUGGCUAGAGGAUUAGAUUAUUAUACUGGUUUGAUUUAUGAGGCUGUGACCGCUCAAUCUGCUCCUCCAACAACCGUUGACUCAAAAAAGAAAAAAUCUUUGAAGGAGGAUGAUGAUGCCAGUGACUAUGUUGGUGUUGGGUCCAUUGUUGCUGGCGGACGUUAUGAUAACCUUGUGGGAAUGUUUUCCGCCUCAAAGAAAUCUAUCCCAUGUGUAGGAGUCUCUUUUGGCGUGGAGCGUAUAUUUUCCCUAGUAAGACAGAGGCUCGUACAAGACCAGCAAGUGCGUGCUUCUCAUACGAAUGUUUUCAUUAUGGCUUUUGGAAAUGGAUUUUUAACUGAAAGAAUGGCUGUUGCCAAGCGUCUAUGGGAUGCUGGUAUUGAGACUGAGUAUCUUUACAAGAAUAAAUCCAAUCCAAGAAGACAAUUUGAGGCAGCUGAGAAACUGGGAUGUUCCAUUGCCGUUAUUCUUGGAAAGGAUGAAGUUGCACAGGGUAAAGUUCGUGUGAAGACAUUGAACACAGGUGUUAAUGAUGAUGGAGAGUUGGUUGAUUUGGAUAAUGUAGCUCCAUAUGUGAAAGAGAAAUUAGAGGGAAUUGUUCGAGUUGAUGACAUCUCCAGACUGAUUGGAAAUUUAACGAACUGA